ACCAUCAUCAUGAGGGGAAUCAUCCUAGCAUUACUGCUCGCACUAGCGAGUAGUGAAAGGUCACAAAAUGCACAAAUCUUAAAUCCCUCCAAGACCUAUCUUUACGUCUAUGAAGGAGUUCUUCUAAACGGUCUUCCAGAAAAUGGACUUACCAAAGCUGGUCUGAAGAUAAACUUAUGGGUUCGGAUCGGUAGCAUUGGUCAAAAGAUGUUCCUUGCUGAGGCUUAUAACGUUGACGUGAAAGAAUAUCAUGGAAUAUGGCCCCAACAGCCUUUCACCCGAUCCUCCACACUGACCGAAGCCAUUGCAAAGGAGUUCAAGAAUCCUUUCAAGUUUGAAUACUCCCAUGGUGUAGUUGGAGACAUCUUUGCUGAAGAACAUGUGCCAACAGUUGUGGUCAACCUCAUGAGAGGCGUCCUCAACAUGUUAAACAUUGAUAUCAGGAGAUCAGAGAAUGUUUAUGACGUGGAAGAGGAAUCCAUUGUUGGAAAUUGCCUGACCAGGUAUGUGGUCCAUCAAGUUGAGAAUAAACCAAACUCCGUCAUCAUUAUUAAAUCCAGAGAUCUUGACAGAUGUGAGAAUCGGUUAAUACACAGAAUUGGAAUGCCCUUCGCGGAGCCCUGCAGAUCAUGUCAGCAGAAAUCCAGGCACUUGCGCAGACUGCAGACGUUCACCUAUAAACUUGGAUUCAAGGGUAAUGAUGCAGUCAUUGAUGAAGUCCGUGCCAGGGAACAAACACAGUUUGCCCCAUUUUUUGAACUUUAUGGAUCUGCAGUAACUGAAGUCAGACAAGUUCUCUCCUUGAAAGAAAUCCAUACCAGCAGCAUUGGUGAUACCAAAGUACCACUUAUCAACCGUGGUGGAAUAAGAUUGCGUCUAGGACUUGAAGUCUUACAAAUGCCUAUUCUCCAGAUCAAGCAUAAGAAUGUUGAAGCACAGAUUGAAGAGACCAUGCAAAACUUGGUCCAAAAUAACCAGCAAGGAGUCCAGGAAACUGCUCCAAUGAAAUUCAUGAAACUAAUCCAACUCAUGCGCGAAACAAGCGCUCAAACUAUUACAACCCUUUGGAAGAAGUACGCGGACAGACCCAUGUACAGGCAAUGGUUGGUAAAAGCCACUCCACUGAUAGGAACAAGUGUAGCUAUUAAUCUGCUCCAGAAGAACAUCGGGCAUCUAAAUGACCAGGAUGCAGCCAUGGCCAUCUCUCUUACCAUGCUAUACACAAAAGCCACUCAGCAUACCAUCCAACUUGCAGCUGCUCUGCUGAAAGAUCCCAAUAUCCAAAACUCACCGAUUCUACGCAAGACCGCCUACUUGUCGUAUGCUACCAUGGUGAACAAACGCUGCAAUGUUAUUGAGACUUGUCCUGAUGCAUACCUGCACCCCCUCCAUGACCUUGCAGCUGAAGCCGCCAACAAGGGACACACUGACGACAUUGUAUUGGCAUUGAAGGCUAUGGGCAACGCGGGUCAGAUUGCAAGCAUUAAGCGUAUCCAAAAAUUCCUGCCAACCUUUUUCCCCAGUGCUUCCCAACUUAAAGUCAGAGUUCAAAUGGAUGCUGUGAUGGCAUUCAGGAAUAUUGCCAAGAGGGACCCCAAAAGAGUUCAAGAAAUUUGGUUGCAAGUGAUAGUAGACCAACAUGUUCACAAUGAAGUAAAGAUGACAGCAUCAGCAGCCCUGUUGGAGAGCAGACCCUCAUCUACCACUGUGACAAUGCUGGCUCUUUUCAUACAGAGAGAAAGCUUAACUAAUCUACAGCUGUCCAGCUUUGUAUACUCUCACAUGAAGGCCUUGACCAAGAGUACCGUGCCAGAGGAUCAUGACCUGAGCGCAGCCUGUCGUCUUGCAUUGAAGCUCUUGAAUCCAGAAUUGGACAAACUGAGCUGGCGCUACAGCAAAGUCAUUCACAUUGACACAUUCAACUAUCCUCUGAUGUCUGGUGCCUCCAUCAACGCCAUCAUCCUCAACAGCCCUCUCACCGCCCUUCCCGUUGCUUUGAUUGUUAAAUUUAGAGGUUACAUUGCCGGAGCUGCUUCAGAUAUUAUUGAGUUUGGCGUGAGGGCCGAAGGACUUCAGGACAUUCUGAGAAAGCAAAACAUUCCUUACAAUGAAUAUUCCAUAAGGAAAAACAUUGUCAAGAUUGUGAAAUCUCUGACUCAUUUUAGAUCUCUUCCUACUUCGGUAUCUCUAGCCUCUAGUUUUGUUAAGGCUUUUGGUCAAGAGGUCCAAUUUGGUGAUGCCACCAGAGAAACCAUCCAAAAUAUCAUCCAGGCUGUGACUGAACCUUCUGCCCGAACCCCCAUAGUAAAGAAGAUCAUUAAGAAGAUCAUAAAUGGACUUGUUGGACAGUGGGUUAGCCCAAUCCUGAUAACAGAGGCCAGACACAUUGAAGCAACCACCGUGGGUCUUCCUAUAGAGAUGGCCAUACACUCUGCCUUUGUAGGCAGUGCUGCUGUUAACAUUGAUAUGAAGACCAACCCUCCUCUGACAGGCGAGGCAAGUAUUGCUCAGCUGCUACAGUCUUCUGUCCAGAUCCAUGAUGAAGUUGGCACCGGUUUUGCAGUUCAUACUAUUGCAACAAUGGGAGUCAACAUACCCAUGAUUCAGUCUGCGGUUGAACUUCAUGGAAAGGUCAGGGCAAACAUCCAAGCUAAGUUUAAUAUCAAGUUUGAUGGUAAAGAGCAAAGUCUCAAGAUGGAAAGUGAAGUGGGCAAGCAGGAGAAGGACAUCAUACAUGGAAGUGUACGUGCAGUUGCUAUAUCCAGAAAUCUUUUAGAAAUGGAGAAUGCCAAAGAAUCUCCAAUCGUACCUCAUGGAGUCCAACCCAGAUUCCAGCAGAGAAAGUUCGAGAAGUCCUCUGGAGAAGCUCAACCUUAUGGGGCAUCUUCUGAACUUGGAGCCAAGAAAAAUGCUUAUCCUGGAGGAGCCGCACAACACCGAUAUACAUAUGUAAACAACUUCCGCACAUGUCUUAAAAUUCCCAAGCUUCCUUUCCACCUCUGUUUCCAACAUAAAUCCGUCAAUGCUGCCAACCGCAGACACACCUUCCUGUAUCGGCUCGUAGGCGAACACGAGGCCAAGCUUACUCUGAAACCAGUGAAAGGUAACAAGGAAGGAGACAUUGAGAAACUGGUACUGGAGAUCACUGCUGGACCCAAAGCUGCCUCUAAGGUAAUAGCCCUGGCUGAUAUGCAGGAGAAAGAGGGAGGUCACAUUGAAGAAUCCGUAGCCCUGUCAAAGCUGAUGACCAUCCUUGGCAUUGAUCAAAAUAAGGCGACAAAUAUAACCAUGUCACGUAAAAGAAAGCAAAGAAAGAACCAUCACGGAGGGGGCGGAAAGAAACAGUCCAGCAGCAGCUCCUCUUCUUCCUCAAGCAGAACUAAGCAUUCCAGGCAACACAAUGGCAAAAGAAAAUCCAAAGAGCAAAAGCGACACAACGCACACCAACAAAACCGCCAGCCAAGCAGCAGUAGCAGCAGCAGCAGCAGCAGUAGCAGCAGCAGCAGCAGCAGCAGCAGCAGCAAUAGCAACAGCAACAGCAGUAGCAGCAGCAGUAGCAGUGGCAGUAAACAUAAAGGACAAAAAGGACACAAAGGACAAAAAGGACAUGGACAUGGACAGAGCAAGCAGAGCAGCAGUAGUAGUAGCAGCAGCAGCUCUAGCCCAAGCAGCAGCAGCAGCAGCAGUAGUAGCAGCUCCAGCCAAAGCAGAAGGGGCGGAAGGCACUCACAGCAACAUCAAAAUAAUCAGCAGCACUCUCGCCAGCAAAACAAGAACUCAAGAAAGAAGUGGCAGCGAUCCAACUUGGCCAACGGUGAGACCAAUGAUGAAGACAAUGGCAGUUAUUCCAGCGAACAGGUGAAACUUUAUCAGCUGCGUUUUAGAAGACCUCAUGGUAAGAAUAUAAAGACAGCAUCUGGCCAAGUCCACUCAACUCAGUCCAGACGCAACAACAGAAGAAGCAAAAGCAGCAGCAGCAGCAGUAGUAGCAGCAGUAGUAGCAGCAGCAGUAGCAGCAGCAGCAGUCAAUCUUCCGGAAAACAUGCGCAUGCCAAAAAUGAUAAAUUUAGGUCUGUCAACUGGGUUAUGACCAUUCAGUCAAUCAGAGCGGACAACACCAAGCAAGGUUACCAAAUCAUUGUGUACAGUAACUAUCACUCAUACAAGCCCCAGGUCCAGGUCUUCGUGGUGGACAUCAAUAAAGAAAGCCGCUGGAGAAUUUGUAUCAAGGCAGGCUUGGAAAGCGUGCAUAAAGCCCAGGCUACAGUGAAAUGGGGUGUGAACUGUCAGCAAUACAAACUCAUUGCCUCCGCUCAGCUUGGAUAUCUUGGCGUGCAGCCUGCAUUGUUGGCGAAGAUUGCCUGGCCUAGAGUCCCAUCUAAACUGAGAUCCUAUGGACAACAAGCCUCAGGGUUUGUACCCGGAGUUGCCUACUACCAAGGAUUCAACGAAAAAUCUCAGAAGAACCCAUCAAGACAAGCGACCUUCAUUGUUUCUCUCAUUAACCCCAGACUUGCAAAUCUUGUGAUCAGAGUGCCACGGCUCACUCUGUACUACCGAGCCCUCAAUCUGCCCGUACCCAUUCCCAGCCCCUGGAAAGCAAAUGUCGCUGGACUCCAAGUGCCAACGUUUAACGUUUUUGCCGAUCUUCACAACACCAUAGCAGAUCAGUUUCAAGGACGGUGCUUAAUGGCCAACAGCACAGUGACAACCUUCAAUGAUGUUAACUACCUUUACACAAUGCCUGGAACCUGCACUCAUGUCCUUGCUCAGGAUUGCACCGACGAAUUCAAAUUCAUGGUGAGGACCAAGAACUCCGAUGAAAAGGAUGAACACAGAGACAUUAUUGUUCAACUUGGUGAUUUUACCAUUGAUCUACGGAAAGAAUCUGGAAAGUCCACAAUCUUGGUUAACGGCGCUGAAAUUUCCAAACUGCCUUACGAGCCAAGUGAAUAUCUGAAAUUGGAGGAACAAGAUGGAAAGAUUGUGCUAAUAGCACCACAUUUAGGUAUCCAGAAGGUGUCCCAUGAUGGAAUGACAACUGAGGUCCUAGCUACUAACUUUAUGAGAGGCAAGAUAUGCGGUCUCUGCGGUCGUUUUGAUGAUGAGACAAAGCAAGAAUUCAAAAGGCCCGAUGGAUCUACAGCAAAGGAUGCCGACAGCUUUGGCCAUUCUUGGAUCUUGGCGGAAGAAGCCUGCUCAGGAGCUUGCAAACUUCAGCGAACUUUGGUGAAGACUGAAAAGCCAGAAUAUGAGGAAUCCAAGUGCUAUUCUACUCAUCCAGUUCUGCAAUGUGCUGAGGGCUGUACCGCAACCUCCACCACGCCUGUCUCUGUUGGCUUACACUGCCGGUCCACUGAACUGGAAGAAGAUGAGAUCCUGGCUGACCUGCCUGAAGACGUCACUGAGACCUUACAAGCUCACACUUCUUGCUCCUGUGGAAACCUGAAGUGCGCCUCCUAAUUCCACGGCUGUUGUCCUCGGCCGACCUACAUUGUACUUAGAAACUAAAAUAUGAGCUGUAAUGUCAGCCCCAAUCAACCCAAUCGCACUUUCAAACCAAGUGUAUAGUUCUCCAUUGUAACCCCUGAAAUUGUCAAUAAAUAUUUGCAUCCACAAAA